AUGACAGCCGACAAGGUAACACUGGGCGAUGCCUUGUCAAACGUAGACGUUCUUGAUGAAUUUACAUUGCCGGAUGAACAGCCAUGUAUCGAAGCACAACCAUGCUCUGUGGUGUAUCAAGCAAAUUUCGAUACUAAUUUCGAAGAUCGUAAUGGCUUUGUAACAGGAAUAGCUAAAUAUAUCGAAGAAGCGACAGUUCAUGCAAGUCUAAAUGAACUAUUAGAAGAAGGUCUUGAGCACGCGGUGAUGCUAUACACAUGGAGAUGUUGCUCACGAGCCAUCCCGCAGCCCAAGUCCAAUGAGCAACCUAACCGUGUAGAAAUUUAUGAAAAAACCGUUGAAGUAUUAGCACCAGAAGUUAACAAAUUAUUAAAUUUUAUGUACUUCCAGCGUAAAGCUAUAGAACGUUUUUCUGCAGAAGUUAAGCGUCUCUGUCAUCAUGAAAAACGCAAAGAUUUUGUCUCCGAAGCUUAUUUAUUAACCCUGGGUAAAUUUAUAAAUAUGUUUGCGGUAUUGGAUGAGCUGAAGAAUAUGAAAUCUAGUGUUAAAAAUGAUUAUUCAACGUACCGUCGUGCUGCACAAUUUUUAAAAGUUAUGUCUGACUCUCAAACUCUUCAAGAAUCACAAAAUCUCUCGAUGUUUUUGGCAACGCAAAAUAAAAUUCGAGAUACUGUAAAGGAAAAUUUAGAAAAAAUUCCCGGUUAUGAAGAAUUGCUCGCUGAUGUUGUAAACAUUUGUGUUCACAUGUUUGAAACUAAAAUGUAUCUAACACCAAAUGAGAAGCACAUGCUUGUAAAAGUUAUGGGCUUUGGUCUCUUUUUAAUGGACAGCGAGCUCUGUAAUAUAAAUAAAUUAGACCAAAAGAAAAAAUUGAAAUUAGAUCGGAUUGAUCGUAUAUUUAAAAAUCUUGAAGUUGUACCGCUGUUUGGUGACAUGCAAAUAGCUCCAUUUAAUUAUAUAAAACGUUCAAAACAUUUUGAAGCUUCCAAGUGGCCGCUGUCGUCUUCAAUAAAUUCAAUGAGUCCGCAAGCUGAUUUAAUGGUCCAUUUACCGCAAAUUCGUGAAGAUCAUGUUAAAUAUAUAAGCGAGUUAGCCAAGUACAGCAAUGAAGUAACGACAACUUACAAAGAAUGUGGUUCUGAUUCGGAAAAUAACGAUACUUCGGAAUUGGCGCUGCGUGGACUUCAAUUAUUAUCACAGUGGACGAGUGUUGUUACAGAAUUGUACAGCUGGAAAUUAUUACAUCCAACAGAUCAUCAUAUGAACAAAGAAUGUCCUCCAGAAGCUGAAGAAUAUGAGCGUGCAACUCGUUAUAAUUAUACAGAUGAAGAAAAAUUUGCAUUAAUUGAAGUUAUUGCGAUGAUAAAAGGCUUGCAAGUUUUGAUGGCGAGGAUGGAAACUGUUUUUAUUGAUGCGAUACGUCGUAAUAUUUAUGCUGAACUACAAGAUUUUGUUCAAUUGAUCUUACGUGAACCUUUACGUAAAGCAAUAAAAAAUAAAAAAGAUUUAAUUCGUAGUAUAAUAGUAUCAGUACGUGAGACUUGUGCAGAUUGGCAUUUUGGCGUCGAACCAUCAACUGAUCCAGCAUUGAAGGGUAAAAAAGAUCCUGAGAAUGGAUUUGGUAUUAAAGUACCUCGUAGAAAUGUUGGACCGUCUUCGACACAACUCUAUAUGGUACGUACGAUGCUUGAGUCACUUAUUGCUGAUAAAAGUGGAGGAAAACGUACUCUAAGAAAAGAUAUUGAUGGACAGUAUCUUGUUCAGAUAGACCAGUUUCACAAGACCAGUUUUUAUUGGGGCUAUUUAUUGAACUUCAGUGAAUCACUUCAGAAUUGUUGUGAUUUAUCUCAAUUAUGGUAUCGAGAAUUUUAUUUAGAAAUGACCAUGGGACGUAAAAUUCAAAAAUGCCAAGUUCGUCAUCAGCAUAAUGAAGAGUGCAGUGAUUUAAUAACAAUGGAAAAAAGAAUUCAAUUUCCAAUUGAAAUGUCAAUGCCCUGGAUAUUAACUGAUCAUAUUUUAAAAAGUAAAGAACCGUCAAUGAUGGAGUAUGUACUCUAUCCAUUAGACUUGUACAACGACAGUGCACUUUAUGCGCUAACUAUUUUCAGAAAACAAUUUUUAUACGAUGAAGUUGAAGCUGAAGUUAAUUUAUGCUUUGAUCAGUUUGUUUAUAAAUUAAGUGAACAAAUUUUCGCACACUAUAAGCAAUUAGCAGCUAGUAUUUUACUCGAUAAACGUUUUCGUGUUGAGUGUGUUGCUUUGGGUGCUUAUUUAUUACCUUAUCCGCGUGCUAAUCGUUAUCAAACUUUGUUGAAACAGCGUCAUGUACAAUUACUUGGGCGCAGUAUUGACCUGAAUAAAUUGAUAACCCAGCGUAUCAAUGCUGACAUGCAAAAAUCACUGGAUUUGGCAAUUAGUAAAUUUGAGUCUGGAGAUAUUACAGGAAUCGUUGAGCUUGAAGGUUUAUUACAAGUAAAUCGUCUUACUCAUAAAUUAUUAAGUAAGUGGCUUGCUUUAGAUGAGUAUGAUGCCAUGUUUCGUGAAGCUAAUCACAAUGUACUGGCGCCGUAUGGAAGAAUAACGUUGCACGUUUUUUGGGAAUUAAAUUAUGAUUUUUUGCCAAAUUACUGCUACAAUGCCGCUUAUAAUCGAUUUGUUAAAUGCAGGGGAUUGCAGUUUGUACAGCCAGUGCACCGUGAUAAGCCCCCGCAAAUGUCCCACCAUUAUUUAUGGGGGAGCAAACAAUUAAAUUUAGCGUACAGUACUCAGUAUGGACAAUAUACGGGGUUUGUUGGGCCACAACAUUUUCGUACUAUGUGUAAAUUGUUGGGCUAUCAAGGAAUUGCGGUAGUAAUGGAGGAAUUAUUAAAAAUUGUUAAGUCAUUAAUUCAAGGGAGUUUGUUACAAUUUACUAAGACCUUGAUGGAGGCAAUGCCUAAAGUUUGUAAAUUACCGAGAUAUGAUUAUGGUUCUCCAGGAGUUCUUGGAUACUACCAUGCACAACUUAAUGAUAUUGUUCAGUAUCCAGAUGCCAAAACUGAAUUAUUUCAUAAUUUUAGAGAGUUUGGAAACACUAUUUUGUUUUGCUUACUGAUGGAACAAGCUUUGUCGCAAGAAGAAGUUUGUGAUCUACUUCAUGCUGCUCCUUUUCAAAAUAUUUUACCCAGACCAUAUUGUAAAGAGGGAGAAAAACCAGAAACAAAACAAAAAAGAUUAGAAGCUAAGUAUGCAGCGUUACAAAUUGUUCCAAAUGUUGACAAACUUGGAACUGCUAAACAAGCAAUGAUUGCUAGAGAAGGUGAUCUAUUAACAAGAGAACGUUUAUGUUGUGGAUUGUCAAUAUUUGAAGUUGUGUUGAGUCGACUGAAGAGCUUCCUUGAUGAUCCAAUUUGGGUUGGACCACCUCCUGUAAACGGAGUAAUGAACAUAGAUGAAUGUACAGAGUUCCAUAGACUGUGGAGUGCGUUGCAGUUUGUUUAUUGCAUUCCCGUUGGAGAUACAGAAUUCACCGUAGAAGAAUUGUUUGGCGAAGGUUUGCACUGGGCUGGUUGUGCUAUGAUUGUUUUAUUAGGCCAGCAAAGACGAUUUGAAGCAUUAGAUUUUUGCUAUCACAUUUUACGAGUUCAAAGAGUUGAUGGAAAAGAUGAAAAUGUUAAAGGAAUUAAUCUUAAACGUAUGGUUGAUCGUAUAAGACGGUUCCAAGUCUUGAAUUCACAAAUAUUUGCGGUAUUAAAUAAAUAUUUAAAAAGUGGUGACAGUGAUUCAACUAGCGUUGAGCAUGUUCGAUGUUUCCCACCGCCAAUUCAUCCAUCACUUGCUCAUACACAGCAACAUUAUCACGCACCAGAGUAUUUACGUCAAAUGAAUAAUAAUCAAUAG